UUUUUUUCGUUUUAAAAGACUCCGAGCUCCCUCCUCUCUUGCUCUCUCCUCUUGCUUCUUGAUCAAACAAUUUUGUUGUCGCUAUUGAGGAGCCCUGGUCCCUUCGUCAAACGACCCCUUCACCCACUGGUCAUUCACUUUGAUACCCAAACUUCCAUCCCGUCUUCCGCUCCCGCAGCGUUGUCCUCCUGCUGUUGUUUGUUUGUUCGAGAACCCUGGAAACUUCGCCAGUUCACUUUCCGUCAUCAUUCCACAAACUAUCAAAAUGGCCGCCGCUACUCGCUCCGUCCGCAUGGCCUCGCGCCUCACCUUCUCCCGCCCUUCGGCUCUUUUUGCCCAGAAGGCCUCGGUUGCCCAACGCGCCGCCUUUUCGGUUUCCACUCGCAACCUCAAGUCUGAGGUCGUCAAGGAGACGGAGGUUCCCGUCUCUAUCUACUCUGGCGACGCAAAGGGAGCCGCCUCCUCCAACACUGGGGAUCAUUUCAGCAUUCCCGUAAAGCCUCGCCAGCAGGUUGCGGAGAGCGAGCCCGAUGACCACGUGCAGCCCUUGGAGGAUAAGGUCUAUCGUCAGAUGCCUCGCACUCUUCAAAAGAUGAGCGUCAUGGGCAAGGUUAUUAUCAUCACUGGUGGUGCCCGUGGUCUCGGUAACUACAUGGCUCGCGCUUGCGCUGAGGCUGGUGCCAAGGCCAUUGUUAUUUUCGAUGCCAACCAGGACCUCGGCGACGAGUCUGCUGCUGAGCUUCACCAGAAGACUGGCCUUCCCGUCUCAUUCUUCAAGGUAGAUGUUCGUGAUGGCAGCGCCAUCAACGCUGCCGUCCAGAACGUUGUUGACCUCUAUGGCGCUCCCGACGUCCUGGUUAACUCAGCCGGUAUCGCCGACUCGAACAUUCCUGCCGAGAAGUACGAUGCUGCCAUGUUCCGUCGUCUCAUUGACAUCAACCUCAACGGCUCUUUCCUGAUGUCCCAGGCCGUCGGCCGCGCCAUGAUGGCCGCUGGCAAGCCCGGCUCUAUCAUCCUUGUUGCCUCGAUGUCCGGCACCAUCGUCAACUACCCUCAGGAACAGUCGUGCUACAACGCCUCCAAGGCUGGUGUCAUCCAGCUCGGCAAGUCUCUUGCUGCCGAGUGGGCCAAGUACAACAUCCGUGUUAACUGCAUUUCCCCCGGUUACAUGGAUACCGCCCUGAACAAGGUCCCUGCCCUUGACGCCCAGAAGAAGAUCUGGAAGUCGCUAACUCCCCAGGAGCGUUUGGGUGCCGUUGACGACCUCAACGGCCUCUGCGUCUUCCUUGCGUCUGACGCUUCCAGCUUCAUGACCGGCUCCAAUGUCAUCAUUGACGGUGGCUACACCCUUUACUAAACUGGUCGCCUAUGAGAUAUUUGGUUUGGGGGAAUACCUUAGAGACGGACUGUUUUUUCGGCUUUGACACCCCAAGACUGAUCGUGCAUGGAACUUCGAGCUUCUGCACACAUAAAGGAGUCGCGGACGGAUUUCAGCUUUCACGGCAAAGGGACGACGCCUUUUUCUGAUUUUGGUGGAUCUUUCACCGUUGGCAUGGCGGCUUUUCUUUUCAUCUCUACUAGACGGACAACGGGGGUUUCUCGCUUUUGUUUCAGCGCAGCGGAUUUGGCUUGCUGAGAAUUUUCGAGACGAAAAGACACAGGAAAGACGGGAUGGCGUUUGGGGACAUGUAUCAAUGAUUUACCUUUUUUUUUCCCUUUUUUUUUUCUACGGCGAUGUCUCCUCGAGUUGCUCUGCUUUGCCUUUGACGCUCAAAGAAAGUCAUAACAAAAUAGGGGGUGAACGGGGAAAGGGCUUUUACAUAAUUGAAUCGAGCAUAGUCUCUUUCGAUGAGAGUUAAACAAUAUAAUUCUUGGCAUCAACAUUGAUGAUUGCUUAUUCA